AUGAGGACGAAAUUAAUCCGUUUGAGUGCAAUUUUGGCCUUUUUCUUCUCUGUGGUAUUAUCAGAACAAAUAACACUUUCUUCACAGUCAUCUACUAAGGAUGCUACGUCAGAUCUACACAUAGGUGACAGUAUAAUUUGCAACGACAUUUCGUGCUAUCCCAAGGUUUUCGAAGCAACAAACGAAUGGAAGGAAAUCAAGCCUGCUCAGAUGUUACCAGGUGGUUUAGACGUUAGAAUAAAUUUAGAAUCUGGAUUAAAGGAAGCUAAACUUGUUGAAAGGAUGUCAAGUCAGCAUGCCCAUGCUGCAGGUAAUGAAGCAGAUAACAAGGCUCUGGACGUUGUUCCCAUCGCAAAAGACGCCUUGGACUCUCAAGAACUGCAAAAAGGCCAUGAAUUUACCAAAGAGUUUACUACAAUUAGGGAUAUCUUGGCAAAAGUCGAGAAGAAACAGUUAACUAUGGACAUUACUGCUUUAGAGGAAAAGCUAGAUGAUGUAAUGGAAUUCGCUCACGAUUACAAGCAUGGCUUCAAAAUCAUCAGCAAUGAAUUCGAUUUGCUAGAAAAUAUGAGCUUCAAUGCUAUGUUACCAGUAUCCCUGAGAGAAUUAAGUGCUAGAAUGAUAAAUAGUUGCCUGAGGAACAAUCCACCAGCAUUGAAUUAUAUCAAUGAUAACUACCCCGAUUUCAAAGAUAGAAUCUUUUAUACAUUGGAAGAACUAAUCUCUAGUGAUACUUCUGCGGACUCCGUCAACGUCUUAUUAAGAAGAUAUCUCUCUACCCUAAAUGAAUUAUUACCACCCAGCUACGUUUUUACCCCAGAAGAAAUACAAAUUUUGAGGCAAGCGUUAGCUUUAAAAGAUAAGCAACUGGAGAAAAAAGUGCUAGAAAUAGCGUCAAGAUUUUUUUCAUCAGCCGCCAUUAGCGAUACCAAUUCAGAUUUGCACACGGUGGUGCAAGACAUUCAAGGGUGGGUGAAAGAGUUUGAAACAGCAAUACAGAAUUCAGACGUCGAUGAAUUACACAUACGUGAGUUCUUCAAUAGUCUUUACAAUAUUAAACAACAAUUAAAAACUAAGGUUACCAUAAGCUCUCAAUUUUUGGAUUGGCUGGAACUGCAAUCUGAUUCCAGAGAAAAAAAUUUGAACACAGAAUUACAACACAGAGAUUUAGAACAGGAUUCCUUCGAUAAAAGACUAAUAGAGAGCAGACACCUAGUUUUUGGAAAUCCGAUGGCACAGAGAAUAAAGCAGUUUGAUGAUGAGCUCUAA